UGUAGGCUGCACUGGAGAUUGUAGAGACCUCAAUGUUAAGAACAUAUUGCAGCUGCAGAGUCUUUACAGAAGAAUGAGUAAUUCAGUUUCUGCAAACAACACAGAUGUCUAUGAAAAUAUCUGUGUGACUGAAUAUGCAACAAAAAAGCAAGAGACCAAAAGCAAUAAAGGAACUUCAGAACACAACACCUCAGGACACGGAGGCUACAGACUGGCUGUGGUGUGUCUGCUGGUGAUGCUUGUUCUCAUGCUGGCUGCCAUCGCAAUACUGUGGGUCAAGCUCACUACAGAAAGAGACAGGAUACAGACCAGUUACAACAACAUGACUAAUCAGAGAGACCUAUUAGUGACCAGUUACAACAAUGUGUCUGCUGAGAAGGAUCAGUUAGAGAUCAGAUACAAAAAAGUGUCCGAAGAAAGAGACCAGUUUCAGAGGAAGACUGAUGAACUCCAGAAGAACUUGAGGGACAUUAACACACCAGGAUGGAAAUACUUCAGCUCUAGUAUUUACUUCAUUUCUACUGAGAAGAAAAACUGGAUUGAGAGCAGACAUGACUGUAUGAGAAGAGGAGCAGAUCUGGUGAUCAUAAACAGCAGAGAGGAACAGGACUUUGUUGAGGUGUGGAGAAGAGGUGAAGGUGCUUGGAUCGGUGCGAAUGACAGGGACAUUGAGGGGGUCUGGAAAUGGGUGGAUGGUACAGCAGUGUUCAGUGGGUUUUGGAGUAAUGGGGAACCUAACAACAAAGGUGAUGAGGACUGUGCUGUAUCUGGCUAUCGGGCUGAACCUGUACCAAAUUGGGUUGAUGUUCACUGUAGUUAUGAGUAUAUCUGGAUCUGUGAGAAAAGAGUUAACAGCUGAAAUGUUUUAGAUUAACAUUUUUUGUUUGAUUUGACCCAUAUAUUGUCAAGGAGAGAAAAUCUGCAAAAGAAAUUGUAAAGAAACUGUAACUUGAUCAGGGUCUUUUGCUUUUUUGACUUUCACUGAUGAUGUAAUUUUGUUGAUUUUGUCCUGAGUGUCCAUGUUUGAGCCAAAGGUCUUUCUACUUACUAUUAACCUAGGGGGUGAAUACUUAUACAGUACAACCACAUUUUUCUUCCUUUGUGCAAACCAAAAUGUUUUAUUUUUAAUUAACUUUAAUUAUCUUUUCCAAUAAAAAUACAGGUUUUAUGCAA